CUGGACAAGGGUACAUCAGAAUGGUAUAAAACGAAGACCACGAACACAAAUCACUCAGUUGACUCUUGAAAUCGACCAAACACAUCAACAUGAAGUACUUGGUUGCCCUCUCCUGCCUUUUGGCCGUAGCCCUCGCCAAACCCAGCGGCGUCCCCUUGGCCUACUCUAACGUAGUGUCCCACCAGGUUGCCGCCCCCGUGGCCUACUCCAGCUACAACACCGUCGCCGCUCCCAUCGCCCAGUACACCACCCACGGCGUAGCCGCUCCCGCCGUCGCCGCCGUAGCUCACGCUCCCGUAGCCCACGCCGUCGCCGCUCCCGUGGCCACCAGCUACACCACCCACGCCGUCGCCGCUCCCGUGGCCACCAGCUACACCACCCACACCGUCGCCGCUCCCGUAGCUCAUGCCGUCGCCGCUCCCGUAGCUCACGCCGUCGCCGCUCCCGUAGCUCACGCCGUCGCCGCUCCCAUCGUGGCCGCCCCCGUCGUCCAGAAGACCCAGUACCACGCCCAAGACGAGCUCGGCCAGGCCUCCUACGGCCACUCUGAGCCCUUCCAGGCCCACAACGCCGUCCAGGACGCCGCCGGAAACAAAGUCGGCUCCUACAGCUACGUCGCCCCCGACGGUCAAGUCAUCGCCGCCAACUACGUCGCCGACGGUUUGGGAUUCCGCGUGGCUUCUAACGCCCUCCCCGUCGCCCCCGCCGUCGUGCCUGUAGCCCCCAUUGACACCCCUGAGGUGGCCGCCGCCAGGGCCGCUCAUUUGAGCGCGCAUGCUUUAGUCAAGUCCCGCGUCCGCAGGGGAGUCGUAGCCGCCUACGCCGCCGCUCCCGUGGUCCACAGCGCCUACGCUUACCACGCCGCCCCAGUGUACAGGGCCGCCACCCUCAGCACCGUGGUCAACACCCCCGGACACGCCGUCUCCUACCAUGUUUACUAAAUGCGCGAAUUGGACAAGAGAGGUUUGAGUGUCGGGACGAAGCUUUUUUCUGUGGUCGAAGAUAGUCGCAGAGUCCCGACACUCAAAAACGACCAACUUAGUCAACUUUAACUCUGGGAGUUAACACCGUUUCGAUUUUUUGUAUUUGUUAAAAUAAAAAUAAACGCAACGACACUCAAAA